AGAUCCCCCGUCGUUGUAGCGCUCCGCCGCCGUGCCCUCGCUUCUUAAAUUAAAAUAUUUCCUCACGUUUCCGAGCCACGGAGAAAGAAAUGUUGCGAUUUUAGUUGAGUUUAAGCUGCGUACGUGAAAGUAAAAGAUCCACUCCGGCGUUUGUUCUCGGUUUACAGUCGGACUAGUCGGCUCGGCGUAGCGGCAUGGAGGGCGUCGUUCGGCUUUCCUUUUUGAGAAAGUGCUCAGAGUUUUGGAAAUAGAGGAGGAGGGUGAACCAAACUGAGCCGGGGUUGAAGGGUCCUGGGGGCAGCAUCACUUUCGAAAGUUUGUAUUAUUUCCUGGAGUCUCUAAACCCGCAACUGGCCUGGUUUGUUUACAUCUUGUGGCCCUGGCGUGUAUGCGUUUGUAUCAGUCACUUAACGAUACAAGCUGCUCCAGCUCCUUUGGCUGGUGUUUAGAGACUCGGUCUAGUAAAUAUAAUGUUACCGAGCCAGGUUGGAUCGGCACCAUCUGGAAACGGGUCAGCUUCGGGCAGGGGUACCACAGGACACGGUUCGGGGGUUGUCGGCGGCGGGAUUCGUCCCAUUUUGGUGAGAGCAGGGCAAGCUUUACCGGGGGUCAGCGCCGAGAGCGCCGGAGCCGCGGGGCGACUGGGGGAAAGAGACGCCGCCGGGAUGCUGGGUGCCAAUGGUCCAGGUGGUCCGAGAGGUGUGAGACCGGGGAACGGAGCCGGAGUGAACCCGCUGCAGACCGCCGUCCAAAGCAACAUGGUGGGGCUGAACACGGGGGUCGUGUUGCCGCACGUAGCUCGGUUCGAGCCGGACCGGGAGUGCGCUCCUCUGUGCAGCGGCUCGGAUAACGACUCGGACUCCGGAGACGAUGAUGACCCAGUGGGUUCACUCGGGGACAGCAGGAGAGGGGUGAAGCGGGAGAGAGGCGAGAUGGAAGCCGCGGUGGCGGGGCAGGAGGUGGGAGUAUCUCCCGGGGGUUACGGCAUGGUGCCCGGAGGGGUCGCCGGGGCAAAGCCGGGGAAGAAGACACGUGGGCGCGUAAAGAUCAAGAUGGAAUUUAUUGACAACAAGUUGAGACGGUACACCACUUUCAGCAAGAGGAAGACGGGCAUAAUGAAAAAGGCCUAUGAACUCUCCACCCUGACGGGAACCCAGGUUCUCCUGCUCGUGGCCAGCGAAACGGGACACGUCUACACUUUCGCCACACGCAAACUCCAGCCCAUGAUCACCAGUGAAACGGGCAAAGCCCUCAUCCAGACGUGCCUCAACUCGCCGGACUCGCCGCCCCGCUCCGACCCCUCCAUGGACCAGCGCAUGAGCGCCACGGGCUUCGAGGAGACGGACCUCACCUACCAGGUGUCUGAGUCAGAGAGCAUGGGUGACUCGAAGGACGCGCUGAAGCCGACGUUCACGGUAGCCAGCCUACCGGGCACCGUCAGCAGCGCCCAGUCCACGGUGCCCACCACCUCCACCACCAUGCAGGUUAGCACUGGACCUUCGUUCCCCAUCACCAACUACCUGGCCCCGGUCUCGGCCAACAGCAACGUCGGCGCCAAUGGAACCGUCCUCAAAACCUCCGCCUCCACGGGGGUCAUGCAGCUGCCGAGUGGCUUCACUUUCAUGCCAGCAGGCACUCCUCUCCCCCCCGGCACCCCCACCAUUCCUCUGAGCCAGCUGCAGCAGCACUCCCUGGCCCUCCAGGGGCAGCAUGGUCAGGCUCUGGCCGCCGCCCCGCAGCCACAGCAGGGACAGCAGGCUGUCUUCCGCUUCCCUGCUGCUGUCUCCCUCACAGGAGCAGGGGUCCCCCAGCAGCUCCAAGCUAUUCAAGUACAUCAUAACACCCAGUCCACCUCAAACAGUGACAGCAGCCCUGAGAUCUCCCACACCUCCACAAACUCCACCGCAACGGUAAGUCUCCCAGCAACCAUUGUCACUUCGUCGAUGCCAACAUCCGUGGCGGGUCACAUGAUGUACCCCAGCCCACACACGGUGAUGUACGCCUCCACGCCAGCGCUGGCCGACGGGGGCCUGGCUGUGCUCAACGCGUUCUCCCAGGGAACCUCGGCCAUGCAGGUGUCCCAUGCACAAGGCCAAGACACAGGUGCUGUCCCUCAGGUGUUCCUCACAGCACCUCCAGGCACGGUGCAGAUCCCCGUCUCCGCAGUGCAGCUACACCCAGUACGGCAAGAUCUGCAUUUUACAAAUGGUGAUUGGCCAGCAGUCGAGCGGCAGCAGCAGUAACCUGACGGAGCUCCAGGUGGUGAACCUAGACGCAGCACAGAACUCGAAGAGCGACUGACGGACGGCCGGAGCUGUUUAACACGGCACACCCAGGGACACACACACACACACACACACACACACAAACACACAUACUGACAUCUCUAUUUAUUGAUGCCUUCCUACAGUUUCACAUCACACUUCUGAAUGUGACUUUAAAGUACAUGUAAACACACAAUCAAGGGCAUAUGUGUGGCAGACCCUUAUACAGUAUGUUUUGGUAUAUAAAUAUAUAUAUAUUCGCAAAUGCAUAGGAGAUAUAUCACUAUAUCCAUUGUUGGAACCUAUUUUCUAUGCUGUUAGAUGGUGUUAUUUUUCGCGUGUGCGUGUCUUUUUUUUUCUUUUUUUUUUUUUGAAAAAUAAAUGUGUAAUGACAUGUACACACACACUGCAAAGUGCACCAGCUUCACACCAGCCAAAGAGACAUUUGUUUGUCUGAAUGUUCCAGUGUGAGCAAUCCGUGCACAAGCGUGUGUCUGUGUGUGCACGCAUAUCUUGAGUUUGUAAAUGAGCGGGAAGGCGCUUAUUGACCUAAAAAGAAAAAAAUAUAUAUAUACAAAAAAAAAAAAUUUGGAAAUGUACAUAACUUUUUUUUUUUUUUUAAACUGACUUGUAUUUUUAGCCUGGUUACGUUUGUGCAACGGCAUGUAGUUGUUUUUUACGUAGUGUUUUUUUUUUUUUUUUAUGUACAUGAAAAUUAUUUGCAUAAAGAAAAUGAAUUAUUUACAUGUAAAUGUAAAUUAAUUUAAUACACCAUCACAUGUUGAUAUACUGUCACGCUGUUGGGAGUUUUCACUGCGAGAUGGAAAAAGAACGCUGGAUGUUUUUCUACUUUACUUUUUUUGACAAUUGCAGGACUGUCCCCUGAUAUUUCAUAUUUCGAUUUACUGUUGACGUACUCUUUAGGAAGACUUAAGUGCAACAGCUGAUGAUGGUAUGAUCAUUUGGUGUCAUAUCAGUUUUACAUGAUUGGUUUUCUAAUGAAGCCCUGAGUUUAGAUUUUUAGUGCACACGUUCUUAAAGCUGCGGAAGGGAAUAAUUUUUUGUCAGAUUUUAAUGUCAAAUCGGAGAAAUAUGAGCAGUUAAUAACCGUACGAUGAUAUUUAAGUUAUGGUCGACUUCAUCCACCUCUGGGUUACAAACCUUUUUAUUCCAACGGUUAAAUAGAUUAACUUUGCUCCACUGUAAACCUGUUGCUCUGUAACUGUAAUGAUGCUACUAACGAGGAGUCGAGGCAUUGGACACAAACCUCCUGUUUAACUAGAGUGAGUAAUGACACUGUAUAGACUCGCAUUAGUUCCUUGUGUGGAAGCACUCUGUUAUUGGUCUAAAUGCUGCAGCAUUACAACGGUAAUGACUAUUUUUCUAAGAACAAGGAUCUUUUAAUUUGGGAAGUGACUUCUGGUGCUUUUAAAAUGUUACUAUACUCCUUUAACUGUAAGACCCUAGCUGACUGCAACCGUAGUGUGUACCUCGGCGAGCAUUAAGAAUGAGUUGUUAGACUGAGAGCCUUCUUUCUGCACCAUAGUGCCUCUGUUCCAUGGCUGAUUUCGAAACCAUUUCAAGGUAAAGGGAGACGUGCCCGUUUCCAGAGCAUCUCGCAUGACAUUGGACCUGUCAUACACACAAUCCUGUGCCGCGCCCCCGAGAGAGAGUGAGAUUUCUGACUCCAGAAUUAGCUGGAUGGCUGGAGUGUGGCAGGCUUGAAGCCAAAGAGAAACCGGACAGAGGAUAAAGUUCCCACACUGACUGCUGCUCAGUUAAGAGAGGUCACGUUCAUGCUCUAUGUUCUCUGCUCAUGCGAUCAUGUAUGUCGGGGAAAAAAAAAACAAAAAGACAGGCAUUCGGAAAUAUUCUUUUGACACGGGAUUACUGAAAAGUGGCUUUCACCUUGAAAGAAAAAGGUUAUUUUGUGUAUUUUUUUUUUGUUUUUGUUUUAUUGUACAGACAUUUUGUAAUAAAACAAGAUGAAACUGUUCAAAGAACGACUACAUCUCCUGCUGAUGAACAUUUCCUUUUUCUUUUAAUGGGGACGGAAAAUGUUAAAAACAAAACCCACGCUGUCCUGAAUGAAGCCUUAUAAAUGUGUCUUUCAACAGCAGCGAUGGAGACGGCCGAUGAGGAACAAACGAGCCGCUGCCUCUGAGUGCACAUGAGACUGCAGCGGCUAUCGCCUCUGGUUAUUUCGCAGGAGAAGUGAGCAUGCACCUUACCUCAAUGUCUCUACACACUGUACAAUUAC